AUGGCUUCUUCUGCGUCUCCCGAGACAUCCUCAUCUAUCUUAAUCGUCGGCAGCGGUGCCUUUGGACUUUCCACUGCUUAUUCAUUAUGUCAAAACCCGCAGUACAAAGACACCUCAAUUACUAUUGUAGACCGUCAACCCUUUCCUACGCCUGAUGGUUCGAGUAUCGACACUUCACGAAUCAUCCGUCCCGAUUACGCCGCUGCACGCUAUACCCGCCUUGCCACCAUCGCGCAGAAUCGCUGGCGGACCGACUUUGCGACCGAACACUAUCAUGAGGUCGGCCUAUGCGUAACUGCUUGGGGCCCGGAACAGAAGUACGUUUCCGAAUCGCUUGCAAACGUGCGCGCGAUAGGGACAGACAAGGUAGAGGUGCUGAAUUCAGCGGAAGAAAUACAAAAUGCAUGUGGUCUGGAAGGCACAGACCCAUGGGGUAAUGGCAGCACCGGAUAUGUGAACUGGAGUUCAGGCUGGGCAGACGCGGAGGGCGCUAUGAUGUGGCUCAGGGAAAAGGUGGAGAAGCUUAAUAGAGUGAAGUUUGUCACAAAGUCCGUAAAGAAGCUGUUGAUCGAUCACAAAACUAACACCGUCUCCGGCGUGCGCCUCACCGACUCGAGCGAGCUCAAGGCGGAUCUGACAAUGUUGGCGGCAGGCGCAUGGACAGCGUCGCUCAUCGACCUGCGGGGCAUCUGCAAAGCGACUGGGCAAGCUCUGUGCUACAUGCCCAUCUCCAAGGAAGAGGAAGCGAACAUGUCUACGCGACCGACUAUCCUGAACCUCUCCCAUGGCUUGUUCAUGAUCCCGCCUUCCAAGGGGCUGCUCAAAGUAGCGCGUCACGGCCACGGCUACCUCAACCCGACCACAAUUCCCAACCCGGAGUCAGAAGACCCCAACGAGACAAUCACAAUCUCACUACCAUACACACACGUCGAUGACCCAUCGCAGGCAGUUCCUGUAGAAGGCCAGCGCCAAUGCCGAGACUUCCUCGCGUCGAUCCAUCCUUCACUCGCCGCACCCUCGCGACCGUUCACCAAAUCGAAGAUCUGCUGGUAUACUGAUACGAGGGAUGGCGAUUUCUUGAUCUCGUAUCAUCCCAAGUACAAGGGUUUGUUUGUGGCAACGGGUGGUUCGGGACAUGGCUUUAAGUUUUUGCCUGUCAUUGGUGAUAGUAUUGUGGAGUGUAUAGAAGGAAGGACACCAGAAGACUUCAAGGGUCGAUGGGAGUGGCCGGCUGAGCGUAUACCUGAAGAGCAGUGGGCUGGCGAUGGAAGUCGGGGUGGGCCUGUUGGUAUGAUUUUGGAAGAGGAGAUGGCGAAGAGUCAGGGUAAAUUGUAG